GUUCCAUUUUCAUUACAUUGUAGUGACAUAACUUUCCUAGUGAACUAGGCGCUUGGUUCGUUCGCACGGUUCGUUCGGCCGACUAUACCGGUCCAACUUGCAUGUCAACCUACCUGAAUCUCACACAUAGAUCCACAUAAAGAUACAAGCACUUGAGUCUGGCGGGUGCUAGGAGGAGCUAAGGUUGACGGAAGGCAUCUCACAAUGGCCACGCUAGCCGAGAGCUUCCUCGCGGACCUAGAGGAUCUGGACGAGGAUGAGCCAGAGCAGGAAUCGGGGUCCGAGGAGGAGGCUGCGGAGGCAGAUGACGGAAUGGAUGACAUUGAGACGCUCAACUUCGACGACCUGAAGGCGUGCGCCAAACUGACCAGCGAGCCGCGCUACAGCGACGUGCUCACGCGUGUGCGGGCGGCGGUGGCAGCGGCGGCCGAGGAUGGCGGUGCUGGCGAGCGCAAGCAGGACGUGCCGCUGGAGGAGGACCCCACAUACAAGCUACUGGUGGAGUGCAACCGCCUGGCUGUGGACAUCGACAAUGAGAUCGCAGUGGUGCACAACUUCAUCCGAGACAAGUACCGACCCAAGUUCCCCGAGCUGGAGUCCCUGGUGCACCACCCUCUGGACUACGCGCGUGUGGUCCAGCGUGUGGGCAACGAGAUGGACCUGACGCUGGUGCCGCUGGACGACAUGCUGCCCGCCGCCACGGUCAUGGUGGUCACCGUCACGGCCACAACCACCUCGGGCAAGCCGCUUGAUGAGGACGCGCUGGGCCGCGUGAUGCAGGGCUGCGACAUGGCAAUCCAGUUGGAUGAGGACAAACGCACGAUCCUGCACUUUGUGGAGAGCAAGAUGAACAAGGUCGCUCCCAACCUGUCGGCGCUGGUGGGCACGGAGAUCGCGGCCAAGCUGAUGGGCGUGGCGGGCGGGCUGCUGGCGCUCAGCCGCAUGCCCAGCUGCAACGUGCAGGUGCUGGGCGCCAAGCGCCGCACGCUGGCCGGCUUCAGCUCCACCACCGCGCAGCCGCACCAGGGCUUCAUCUUCUCCUGCCCCAUCAUGGCCACCACGCCGCCGCCGCUCAAGAACAAGGCGGUGCGCCUGAUCGCCGCCAAGUCCACGCUGCUGGCGCGCAAGGACGCGUACGGGGAAGACCCCUCGGGCGCCUACGGCGCGGGCAUGCAUGCGGAGGUGGUGCGCAAGAUUGAGAAGUGGCAGGAGCCGCCGCCCGCCAAGCAGAUCAAGCCGCUGCCGGUGCCAGACGCAGAGCAAAAGAAGCGGCGCGGCGGCCGGCGGCUGCGCAAGAUGAAGGAGCGGUACGGGCUGACGGACGUACGCAAGGCUGCCAACCGCAUGAUGUUCAACCAGGCGGAGGAGGAGUUCGUGGAUGGAGAGGACACCAUCGGCCUGGGCGUGUUGGGCAAGGAGGGCAGCGGGCGGCUGCGUGUCGUAGCCUCGCAGCAGAAGCAGAAGUUGAGCGCCAAGGCGCAAAAGAAGUUCAAGAGCCGCGCCUACGGCAGCAGCGGCGCCACGUCGGGCCUGUCGUCAUCGCUGGCGUUUACGCCCGUGCAGGGUAUCGAGCUGGAGAACCCGCAGGCGCGGUUCGGCGAGAUGGACGCCAAGGACGGCACGCAAUCCUACUUCAGCCAGUUUGGCGGGUUCAGGUCCAUUAAGAAGUAAGGGACACGGCCAGAAGACCUGUCGGUGGUGAUUCUAGGGAGCAGGCGAGCAGGAGGGCUCGCAUCAGCGGCGGUACUGGUGCAGGCAGAGCUUGAGGAGCGUGGCGAGCGGCCAUGACAGCGUGUGGCGGCGUGAGGGGACACUGUGACACCGUAUCGACAGCAGUGCAGAGUGGUACCGGUGACGGCUGCGUGAGUCUUGGGCGGAUGAGCGCGACAGUUCGGUGGGCUGGCCUCAAGGCACGUGCUCGUGGAAUUACGAGCUGUUGGGAAGGCCGGAAGCGACAUCGCUUUAGGGCCUUGGAGCGUAUGGCGCUUAGUGGGAGGCUUGACUUGAGAGGCUCUUAAGUUGCCGUGCCACCGGUCGUCUGCCUCAGGCGGGCGGGUGCCGCGGGGAUCGAUUAGGAACCCAUGGCGUGCACGACACGGAAGUCCGGUCGCCGCGUGCAGGCGUCUCAGCGACAAUGGAUAAUAGAAUGCGGAUAACGUGUGUGGUCAUGCGGUAAACGACGAUACUGGUGGAGGCCAGGAUGAAGGGGUUGGCACGAGUCGGCAGGCUAGGGAGUUGGGAGUGGGCGGGGCGUCAGGCACAGCGGGCGAAGGGGGCAAGCCUUCGUCAUGGUCGCGCAGCCGGACACCAGACUUCACCGCGUCAAGGCUCUGUGUGUCUGCGGUAUGAAAUACUGUACAGGC